UGCAUUUACUCUUCGCUUAUCUUUACAUUUGAAUGCAAUGAAUAUAUGAAGUAAUUAUAAUUGUAAAUAUCAGUGCAUUUAAACAAACAUCGACUCAAUUAACUGGUUGUCAAAAAACCUAAUCACUGGUAAAACAGUGGAUAGAGAAGUCUUCGGCUAUUUUGAGCCAAAAGUCUUAUUAUCACCAGAAGAAGAAUCACCACAACUGCUGUUGGCAUAGAGUAGUGUCAAUGCAUCCAGACUUUCACCCAUCCAUACCAUCCAUCUAUGGAAGCGUUGAACUCGAGCUUAAGAACAGGUCAUGCCAUAUAUCUGCUGACAUUCCACACAUUUCACUCAAGACGUUGAUAUCAGAUUCGGGGCCACUCCAGGAGAGCGACGUGUCUGUGAUUGGGGCCCAACUGGUGCUCGCACUCAACCAUUUGCACGACAACGGAGUGGUUCAUCGAUGUCUCAAUCCAGAGCUGGCGUCCCUGGACUGGAGGGGUCGGGUCAGGAUCACCGAUCUCAGC